UAAUGAUGAUAAAGGUGUUAUUCCCGUCUCAAUCCCCACAUCAUCUCCGUUACCUGUCGCGAGCCCACCUGUUGCGCGCAUGAUUGACAGCUGAAUAGCGGCGCGUCUGGUUACCGGAGCGCAACGGCAACGCGACACCGGAGCUCCAGUGACGGCGGAUCGAGCGCGGAACGGGGAGAAGAGAACAGAUCCAGCGCUGAUGCUCCUGUAGGACCUCCCGGGUGAUCUCUGCUCGCGGGGAUGGAGAGGAUCUGUAUGGAGAUGCUGUUCUUCUCUGCGCUGUUGCUCGUCGAAGCAGCUCAUUGUGCUCAGGGUCGAUACGCACACAAACUGUUGAACGAUCUGAUGGAGAAUUAUUCCACUGCUCUACGACCGGUGGACGACACUGACAAAACCCUGAACGUCACGCUGCAGGUCACGCUGUCUCAGAUCAAAGACAUGGACGAGAGGAACCAGGUGUUGAUCGCGUACCUGUGGAUCAGACAGACGUGGCACGACGCCUACCUGAAGUGGAAUAAAGAUGAGUACGACGGUCUGGAGGUGAUUCGCAUUCCCAGCAGCCUCGUGUGGAGACCAGACCUGGUGCUGUAUAACAAGGCGGAUGAUGACUUCUCCGGGCCGGUGGACACUAAUGUGGUGCUGCGGUACAACGGCGAGAUCACUUGGGACGCCCCGGCCAUCACGAAGAGCUCCUGUGUGGUGGACGUCUCCUACUUCCCCUUCGACAGCCAGCAGUGCAACCUGACCUUCGGCUCGUGGACCUACAACGGGAACCAGGUGGACAUCGCUAUGGGGAUGGACAGCGGCGACCUCUCGGACUUCGUGGAGAACGUGGAGUGGGAAUGUCACGGGAUGCCGGCCACGAAGAACGUGAUCAUGUACGGCUGCUGCUCGGACCCGUAUCCCGACAUCACCUACACGGUUCUGCUGCAGAGGCGGAGCUCGUUCUACAUCUUUAACCUGCUGCUGCCCUGCUUCCUCAUCUCGUUCCUGGCUCCUCUGGGCUUCUACCUGCCCGCCGACUCGGGAGAGAAGGUUUCGCUGGGCGUGACGGUUCUGCUAGCGCUCACCGUGUUUCAGAUGAUGGUGGCGGAGAGCAUGCCUCCCUCCGAGAGCGUUCCUCUGAUCGGUAAGUACUACGUAGCGACGAUGACCAUGAUCACAGCGUCCACUUCUCUGACCAUCUUCAUCAUGAACAUUCACUUCUGUGGAGCGGAGGCCAAACCGGUGCCGUACUGGGCCAAAGUUCUCAUCAUCGACUACAUGUCCAAGAUCUUCUUCGUCUACGAGGUCGGCGAGAGCUGCGCGUCACCGUUCGGAAAGUCGGAAGAAUCCGAGCCCUUCGUUCGCAAACACAACAGGAACCUCAAAGAGAAACCGAAAGGAGCUCCGCCUCCCUGUUGCCCCGACGACGAGAAACCGGCCGCAUUCCAUCUGACCUUUAACCCCUGUGUUUACUGCAGUUACCGUGGCAACGGCGGAAUUCUCGGGUGCGACCCGAAGCUGGUUUGGAAUGUUGAGUACAUCGCGAACUGCUUCCGCGAGCAGAAGGCCACGUGCCUGAAAGUGGCCGAGUGGAAGAAGAUCGCCAAGGUGAUGGACCGCUUCUUCAUGUGGAUAUUCUUCAUCAUGGUCUUCCUCAUGAGCAUCCUCAUUAUCGGCAACGCACCUUGAGACUGCUAACAGUCAACCGCUGGGAGGAGCGAUGGCAUAUUCAGUUCGACUCGCAUCCAGCUCAGUGUUUCCCCUAGUGGUAGACCCCCGAAACUACUAGUAUCGCAGAGCGGGUGUGUUACGUGAGUGUGUG